UUUGUGCAUCAAUCAGUUUUGUGCGACUUGGGAGUUUAUGUACGAGUAUUAGUCACAUACUUCUCGCUAGGCUAUAUAAAUUAAGUGCAAGCUCUGAAUGCUUUCCUCCUUCGGAAAACAAUGUGUGAAUUGAAUCACCAUUUGUUCCAGUAGAAGUAGUGAUGGUAGACAUGGUGCAGAAAUAUAUUCCCGUGCUAUUCUUCCACAUUCUCUACUGUAAAUUGCACUGUGCACGGGGAAAUACUGUUAAGGAAAUCAUUUCUCCGCCGGCCAGCAAUGCAAGUGUGCCCCUGCAUAUUAUUACUGUGAUUAACGGGAAUAAUAAUAUUUUUGGAUACAACGCGAUCGCUCCUGUAUAUGAUGCGGCAUUAGCAAAUGCAAAAAAGACUUUUGGAUUCAGUAAUGUCACUUACACUAUGGUAUACAAACGGGGAUCAUUCCUUUGUUGGGAAGCAGGCGCGGAAAUGUUAACCACAAGUGCCCCGAUAUUCGAAAGCAUUAUGAAGCGACCAAACGAUUUUACCGUCAUGUUUGCCCCGGGCUGCAGUCUGGAAAUCAUCUCUUUGGGAGACUUUGUCAGAGAAUGGGAUAUACCAUUGUUUUCUGCAAUUGCUAGCGACCGGCUAUUAGCGAAUAAAAAGCGGUAUCCGACGGUUCUGACAUUUGCCGCCGUUGAUCACAAUACGGUGUCGCAAUCGGUGCAGCUCCUUUUGGAGAAGUACAAAUGGCGAACUCUGACCUUUUUCUGUGAUUCCCUUACCCAAUAUCCGGCGCUGCAGACAUACUAUACUAUGUCGUGCAGUAAUAUGCGACGGAAUCUCGAAGCGUAUUUACCUGUCCAGUACGUCAUUUCUCAGCUGGAUUUUGACUCUAAGAGCUUCCAGGAUUAUGGUUACCUUUUACGACGGAUGCAGUCAAGCAGUCGAGUUGCUGUUCUUUUCACUCAUCCAAAAAUACUGCGACAAAUCAUGAUAACUGCCAAGAAGCUGAAUAUGACCAAUGGAGAUUAUAUAUACCUAUCGUCUCAACCUACGCAAGUGCCGACACUCGGAACCGUUGAGUGGAAGCUUCUUGAUGAUCACGAUAAUGCUGCUUUUGAGGCCUUUCAAUCCCUCAUAUACUUCAACAAUGUCAAUCCGAAUUGGAAAAACAUGCAAGAUAUUCUUGGGAUGAGCGAGCGGAUAUCGGAGACCUUUUACAACACCACAAUACCGAAAUCCGACGUGGAAAAUGAUAUGGCUGUUGCGGCAUACGAAUCCUUCUCUGCUUUCGCGCAGAUUUGGAAUGAUGUUGCAACGCGGAGAGGUCAAAAACUAACCGGAAGCGCGUUUGCACGUGAGUUGUGGAAUCGGACAUUUGUCUUCCCAUCCAGAUCGAUGUACAUCUCUGAGAACGGAAUGCGGAGAACGGAUGUGACCUUUAGUAAACUGAACAAGACGUCCGAGUUGUUUGAGGUCGCUUGGCAGUUUGACGCGAUUUCAUCUACGUUAAACGAAAUAACACCGGCUCUGGCUGAAUCCUGGUACGGUAACAACGGUGCCCCUGUGGAUGUGCCACGAUGUGGUUUUCACCAAGAUCUCUGUCCAGAAGCUUUGAGUGGUAAUUCACUGUCUGUUAAAACAUACGGUAACCAUGCAAUAACAGGAGUGACGAUUGGCGUAUCGUGUUGUGUCAUAAUAUUGGCGAUCGGUCUGUUCAUUGUCUGGAAACGCCGUUUCCGGCAUGACGACAAACGUUUAUGGUGGUGUUUGGAAGAAUCGUUGCUCCAGACGAAAGAAUCCCUGAAAACUAGUAACCGGUCUUCAAGUUGCCUGAUUGUUAGCAGAAGCACUGAUGUUACUGUGCGGCACGAGCAAAAACUGCAGCUGUUUGGUCAGUAUGAUCAAGCGGUGUGGGCAGAAGCAAUUGCACCUUAUUAUGUAUCACCGGAAGAGAUCACCCGCCAGAAAUAUCUACGGGAAACGCUUAAUGUGUUGAAAGAUAUGAAUCACAACAAUAUCGGGAGAUUUUUUGGAGUGCUACCAGCCGCCAGUCUGACCACUUUAAUAUUCGAAUUCGGAAGUCGCGGUACUCUUUUGCGCUUUUGCAGAAUGAUCGGCUGCUGCUUGAUCGUGAAAUUCAAGCUGCCAUCAUAUGGGAAAUAAUAGAUGGUUUGAAAUUCAUCCAUUUAUCCACCCUACGAUUUCAUGGAUUGAUGUCAAGCCUGACUGUCACGGUCAAUCAACGUUUUCGUCCUUUGUUGAUCAACCAUGUGGUAACCCGGUUCAGGAAAGCACUGCACAACAACACCUUUCCCGAAUGCUUACCACCUGAUCCAGCCAUAUUGUGGGCUGCACCGGAAAUGAUCCAGCAGCAAACCCAUGUCGCCUGCAUUGGUUCAAAAGAAGGGGAUAUCUUUAGCAUGUGCAUCAUACUGUAUGAGAUGAUGUCACCGAAAUCGGUGCCCUUUCUGCUUAAAAUUACGGAAUUAUCUAUGCCGCUAUUUAAUGACGAAGGCUGGAAAUUUCUGAAAGAUAUAUGCAUGAAAAGGACAUUUCAACCUCCAUCAGAUGAACUUCCGGAAGGCUUGCAGAAGAUUAUCCAGUACGGCAUCGCUGCCGAUCCACUGAAACGCCCUCUUAUGGCACAAUUUACGGCGAUUAUAGCGCGGCACAUUCCACGCCGGAAGCUGAUGGACACUAUCUUGUCCCGGCUGGAGAAUUACUCCAUCGAGCUGGAAAUCACAGUUACCCAAAGAACCACCGAAUUAAUAUCCGAACAACGCAAAGUUGACCAACUGCUCCGGGAAUUAAUUCCACCGUCGCUAAUACACAGUCUUCGGAACAAAAUUCCUAUCCAUCCAGAAACAUUUGAUUCUGUGACAAUAUCCUUCAGCGACAUUCCGCAGUUCGAUGCCAUUUGCUCACGGUCCACCCCACUGGAAUGCGUACAGUUGUUGAACACAGUGCACAACACGUUUGAUACGAUCCUUUCCCGCUUUAAUGUGUAUAAAGUGGAGACCGUAAAUGAUUCUUACAUGCUAGUAAGCGGGUUGCCGGUUCGCUGGGAAACUGUUCAUGCUGCAGAAAUAGCGAAAAUGGCUUUGGCUAUGCGACAAGCAACACAGAUGCUCCCUGUACCAUCGGCAUCAUCCGACCGAAAACGUCUUUUAAUUCGAACAGGCAUAAAUUCUGGGGGUUGUGUCGCUGGCGUUGUUGGGUCACGGAUGCCUCGAUACUGUUUGUUUGGAGAUACCGUUAAUACAGCCAGCAGAAUGGAAACCACAAGCGAAGAAGACAAAAUCCAAAUGUCCGAGAGCACCAAAAUUUUAUUGGAUAAAAUAAGCGGAUUUGUGGUCGAACCCCGUGGAACAAUUGAUGUAAAAGGAAAAGGCUCCAUGGAGACAUUUUGGCUAGUUGACUGCACCAAAGCCUCUAGAGUCAGUUAGCUACAAGCCCUUUUAUUGCCCAUAUUUUGUAUUUCCUAGCGCAAUUGCACAAAUCCUUUCAUAAUGCCUUUUCGAAUGCUGUAUGUUUAUGCCGGACUAAUGACGGCUCUGCUGAUGCUUAGAAAUGGUUUUGUUAAUAAGUGACCUUUUUGUUAUCUCGAGUCAUUUCAUAGCAAUAUCAU